UUGGUCUGAAGACUUUGUACCUCCCCACUAUGUACAGCAUCAUCUUCCUGGUGGGCUUCCCAGGAAACAUCAUUGCAAUUUGUGUUUACAGCUUCAAGAUGAGGCUUUGGAAGACCAGCACCAUCAUCAUGCUGAACCCGGUGCUCACAGACCUGCUCUACCUUACCAGCCUUCCUUUCCUGAUACACUACUAUGCCAGUGGGGAGCACUGGAUCUUUGGUGAAUUCAUGUGCAAGUUCAUCUGCUUCGGCUUCCACUUCAACUUGUACAGCAGAAUCCUCUUCCUCACUUGCUUCAGCGCCUUCAGCUACGUGGUGAUUGUCCACCCUAUGAAGUUCUUCCACAUCCAGAGAAAGUGGUGGACAGCAGUGGCUUGUGCAGCCAUUCGGGUGAUCUCAUGGGCAGCUGUCAGCCCUGUCAACUUCUUGACCUCCUCAAAAGAAGCACAAAACAGAUCCUUACGCCUCAACCUUACCAGCUCUGAAAACCUGGGCACAGUCAGAUGGCUGCUGACCAGCCUGGCUGCCUUUUUGCCCUUGCUGACGGUGACUACAUUCAUUAUUUACACCUUGGCUACUGGGCCCCACAUGUGGGCUUGCUACAAACAAAAGGCUUGCAGACUCGCUGUCAUCCUCUUGGUGGUCUUCUAUGUGUGCUUCCUCCCCUUCCACCUCUUUCAGGUGGCUUGGGUUGAACUACAGUUGUGUCCAGUCAGCUGUCAUGUGACCAAGUCAGAAAUUGCAUUAAAGUUAUGA